GCCAGAAAGCGAGCUCGGCGAGAACGAGCGGGAGCGAGCACGAGAGGGAGAAAAAUCGGUGCCUCUGUUGAGGAUCGGUAUACACCUUGGAAGGGAGGACCACGGGGACGGUGUGGUGGAGGGCCUGAAGAACACGCCAAGUCCCGCUUGCUAAAUUAGUUGCUGUCCGGCAUUGCGUGAGGCUCCCGAACUGCUCAGAACCCCCGUGCACUCCGACCAGGACCAGCGAGAGAUUGCCCUCGUCCACAAACUACCACACACUAGGCCACGCAUAACACAUUAGGUCGCCAUAGCACAUUAUAGCAUAGCACAGUAGCGGACUCCAUUCCUCUGCACCACCAUGACUUCUGCAGCCAGCUGGACCACGUUUAUAAAGUCGAUUGCCUCCUACAACGGAGACUUGUCGUCAUUGACUGCGCCACCGUUCAUUCUAUCGCCCACCUCGCUUGUCGAAUACUCGCAGUACUGGUCCGAACAUGUGGACUUGUUGCUGGAGCCCAACUUCAUUGUGGACUCGGACGACGACCCGGUCGAGCUAAAGCGCAUGAUUGCCGUCACGAGAUGGUUCAUCUCGACCUUGAAGUCGCAGUACUGCUCGCGGAACGAGACCCUCGGGGGUGAGAAGAAGCCGUUGAACCCCUUCCUUGGCGAGAUCUUUGUCGGGAAGUGGGAAGACACGUCGAAGGAGCAGAAGUUGGGCGAAACCAUCCUGGUCAGCGAGCAGGUGAGCCACCACCCGCCAAUCACCGCAUACGCCGUUGAAAACAAGAAGAACAAUACCAUCCUAGAAGGCUACAACGGCGUCAGAGCGUCCAUGUCCACCACCGCCUUGAACGUCAGACAGUUUGGCCAUGCGCUCCUUGAAUACAGAAACUUGGACGAAACCUAUUUGGUCACGUUGCCUCCCCUACACAUCGAAGGGAUUUUGGCUUUUUCUCCGUUUGUCGAACUAGAACAAAAAUCAUAUAUCCAAUCUUCUGCUGGUUACUAUACAGUCAUUGAGUAUUCCGGAAGGGGAUAUUUCUCCGGUAAGAAAAACACCUUCAAGGCACGUAUCUUCAAAAGCUACGAAGAAUCCCUCAAGAAAGAAAAGGCCCUCUACACAAUCUCUGGCCAGUGGUCUGAAAAAUCGGCAAUCGCCAAGGGCUCGUCCUCCCCUUCAUCCUCCAAGGGCGAGACCUUCUUUGAUGCCUCCAACUACGAAGCCCAGCAUUUGACUGUCAAGCCAAUUGAUGAUCAGCAUCCCUUGGAGAGCCGUAAGGCCUGGAAAGACGUCGCUGAGGCCAUCCGUAAGGGUGACUUCGACCUGAUUCAUGAAGAAAAAUCCAAACUUGAAAACAAGCAGAGGGAGUUACGUAAAGCGGAGGAAGCAAAUAAUGCAAAAUGGGCUCGCAGAUGGUUCGAUGAGGUCGAUUACUCCAAAGACUCUUUAGAUAACGAUAUUUUCAUCACGUUGUCCAACUUGGCCCAUCUAUCGAUCAAAAACGUUGCAUCGGGUGUUGAUUCGGGUAGUGCUAAAAACGAUGAUGUUGAGGGCAUGUCACACUGGAGAUUUGUUCCUGAGUCCUUCGACAAGGAAACCGAAAUUAAGAUAUGAAAGCGUUGAAUGCCCUCCAAGUCUUUUGUCUACCUCUUUGAUUUUACCCCUCUCUUUUAACCUCCUUGUUAUUGUUGUUCAUAUAUAGUGGUGAGCUAGCAACACAUUCAGUUUGUCUUUUUUUGUUCUUUAUAUAGUUAUUCUAUAUUAAAACAAGCAACGUAAUGAUUCAAUCAAAAAAUACCCUUCAUCAAAAAGGAGCUUUUUAAUGCAAGACAUUAUAUUCACAUUUAGAUAAGACAAGUAUGUAACGUAAAUUAAGUAUGAACGGGAGAGGCAAGAAGGGUAUAUAAACUAUAAUGGUAUUU